AUGGGUUCCGUUCAGGGCCCCCCGUCUUUCAUCGAUAUCUUCGACACUUUUAUUAACAAAGAUUGUUACCUUAGCGAGGUACCUAACUCCUUAAACUCCCGGGAAACGACUCCCCGCGAUGGCCGUUUACACCAACAACAGCAGCCCCAUCCCCAAGAACUAUCCCCUCCCCCAACACCCAAAGCGGGCGGCGCCUCCAGCGCCGACGCGCAGCCCCACCCAGACCUCUCCCUCGAAUUCUCGGAAUCUCACUUCCUCGGUAUAAAGACUACGGACCUACCACCCUGGAAAGACCCUUUCGACCUAUCCAACUUUGACCUGGCCACUACUCACGCCGUAAACGAUUUGCUUGCUACUGCUACUGAAUCAACCCCUCGAGUCCUAGUUGCGCCCAUUCAACACACGCCCCCUAACGCCACGCCGGGAAAUUCUCCCCGAAGUCCGGCACAGCACUACAUCCUCCCACCUACACCCCUCUCUCUCCCCCCUUCAACCACCACCUCCCCCGCCCCCGCUGUGCUGCCCCCACCAUCAACAGCCCACUGCACACCCACACCCACACCCGCUACCACCACCACUCCUUCCACUGCUGCAACAUCCAGCCCCAAACCCCGCCCCAAACCCCGCCCCAAGAAAACCUCCCCCUGCACUUCCGCUCACUGCCACUCCACUGCAACCACCCAAAACCCCGAAGCAACCCAUCACCACCACUACAAAGACUCCAAACAUCGCUUUUGCUGCCGUCACAAAGACUGUGCUUCGUGCACUAGCUACACUACGAGAAAAGACCGCAACCGUCACGAGGUGUCGAAGCACAGCGACCAGCACCUAAUUUGCGAUGUCUGCGGGCACACGACGGCUAGGGAGGAUAACAUGAGGGUUCAUGUACGCGCUGCCCAUAGGGAGGGGUGGGAAGUGAUUAUGGAGAGGAUUGUGGGGGUUAGGGUGAGGAUGGUUAUGGGGUUUCAAUAGAUUGGAGGGUGGGAGGUGGAGGGAUGAGGGGUAGACGUGUUUUUUUUUUUUUCCUUAUGAAAAAGGUUAGCUGGGUAGAGAAAAGGGCUUGUUUUUUUUCCUUUCCUUCCGCUUUGGUUGGGGUUGGGCACACAUCUUUAGUAUGAUACCCCAUAUAUCGCCGCAUCUCUCUACUCUUUGACCUUCGGACUGUCCAUUUUGCCUUUACUAUUUUCGCCCUCGCAUUUUCUUUAGUUUAGCUUGUUUUUGGGUGUGUUUCUUCCUUUUUCCCCCUCCCCUUUCAGUUCCCAAUGGUCCCUUGCGCCACGCAUUGCAUGAUUGGUCUAUAAACGCUUUUUUCUUUUCUGCCUCUAUUCCUAAGUCUGAUUUGACCCACUUACAUAGUGUGUAUACUAAGCCCGUGCUCUUGUAGAGGUGGCGCAGCGGGGGGUUUUUUUUUAAACAAAAAAGAGAAAAAGAAAUUUGGUUAUGA